UCACCGGCCUUUUCGCACACCAUUGACCCUGGAUUGGUCUCUGGCGUCUUCGAGGCACCUGAGUAUCUUCUGCAGCAGGUGGCGCGACUCGAGCGAGUCACGGAAACCAGAUAUCAACACCUCCAUUUCCACGGAGCCAGAGAUGGACGAGCUCUUCACCCCCCGGGCUAACACCGUUAGUAUAGCGGUAGAAUAAGCGGUUCCCAU